AUGAUGCAAUCUCUACUCAUCGCCAACUGUGUCUUCAACGCCUUCUUCAGUUUUACCGCCAUCACACUAAACAUUGUAACAAUAAUCGCUCUGAGAAAACCAUUGACGAUACCAAAAGCUCUAAAAACAUUGCUGCUGAGUAUGGCGGUAUCUGAUCUUGGUGUUGGUUUACUGGCUCAACCUUUUUACAUUACAGGUCUUGUAAUGCUGAUAAAAGAAAACACUCAAACUCUAACUUUUGAGAUUACUCGGAACAUUUUUUAUUCCACAGGGAUUUUCCUUGCUUAUGCCACGUUCUUUGGUGUUGUAGCUCUAGCUGCAGAAAGAUUCUUAGCUGUUUAUCUUCAUCUCAGAUACCAGGAACUUGUGACUAACAAGCGCGUUGUUGCUGUAGUGAUCUGGAUUUGGAUCAUAAGUGCGAUUCUGAUGUUGUUGCCCAUAUGGAUUCCAAAUGUUGCUACGAUUAUUUUCGUAGCCGUUGAGAGCGUUUGUUACCUAACUACAGCCUUCUUUUAUUUCAAGAUCUACUUAGCUGUACGUCACCACAGCAAUCAAAUCCAAGUCCUGCAAGCACAGCUAGCACAGAAUAAUGAGGGAGAUAUAACUAACGCUGCGAGGGAGAGAAAAGCUGCAGUUGGUACAUUCUACGUGUAUCUUGUGUUUUUGAUUUGUUUUCUGCCAACCACAUGUUUCUGGAUUAUCGAAAGAAGCGCGGGACCAAGUACGAUGCUAUUGCAGUUUGCACGUUAUGCUAACACACUGAUGUUCCUCAAUUCAUCUCUCAAUCCACUGAUCUACUCCUGGAAGAUGAAACAUGUUCGACACGCUAUCAUAGAAAUACUGAGAAACAUAAUGCCACAUCCACACCAGUGA